AGUACGUAGUGAAAGUACCUUGUUGUAACAAAUUUUUAAAGAAUCGUGCCUGUAGAGUGAAGUCUGUAUUAUUGGAAUAAAUACGAAUAAUUGUUUUGAUUUUACUGAAAACAAAGAAAAUGUUAACUGCUGCUGCAAAUUCGUUAUCAAAUAACGGAGGGUCUUACAGCAAUGACAGGCCGUCAAGUACAGCAGAUCCAGAACUCGCUACUGAUCCCGCUUCGGGUGGAUUUUUUCAUUCCGAUUAUAAGAAGCAUGAAGACUUGAAACAAAUGUUGGACAGCAAUAAGGAUGGGCUUAAGUUAGAAGCUAUGAAACGUAUAAUAGGGAUGAUAGCAAAAGGAAGAGAUGCAUCAGAAUUAUUUCCAGCUGUAGUAAAAAAUGUUGUAUCAAAAAAUAUUGAAGUGAAAAAAUUAGUUUAUGUUUAUUUGGUCCGUUAUGCAGAAGAUCAACAAGAUCUUGCCCUUUUAUCUAUUUCUACAUUCCAGCGAGCAUUGAAAGAUCCUAAUCAGUUAAUAAGAGCCAGUGCUUUAAGAGUGCUUUCAAGUAUACGAGUUUCUAUGAUAGUGCCUAUUGUAAUGCUUGCUAUUAAAGAUUCAGCUAGUGAUAUGUCACCAUAUGUCCGAAAAACUGCAGCACAUGCUAUUCCUAAACUUUACUCAUUAGAUUCAGAACAAAAAGAAGAGUUAACAAGUGUAUUAGAAAAACUAUUAUCUGAUAAAACAACUCUUGUUGUGGGUUCUGCGGUAAUGGCAUUUGAAGAGGUUUGUCCUGAAAGAAUAGAUUUGAUACACAAAAAUUACAGAAAACUCUGUAACUUGUUAGUAGAUGUUGAUGAAUGGGGCCAAGUUGUUAUAGUCAACAUGCUUACAAGAUAUGCAAGGACACAGUUUAUUGAUCCUAACGUAGGUAGUAUAGAGGAAGAUGAAAAUCGCCCAUUUUAUGAUUCUGAUUCUGAUUCAUCUAAUACAAAGAAACCAAAAUCAACAUUAGUUUCUGAUCACCGAUUAUUAUUACGAAAUACAAAACCUCUUUUACAAAGUAGAAAUGCUUCUGUAGUAAUGGCAGUAUCUCAAUUAUAUCACCAUACUGCACCACGAAGAGAAGUAAUGAUUGCUGCUAAAGCAUUGAUAAGACUAUUAAGAGGGCAUAGAGAAGUUCAAAGUGUGGUUCUUCAUUGCAUUACUAGCAUAUCAAUUACCAGAAAGGGAAUGUUUGAACCUUUUCUUAAGUCAUUCUUUGUAAGAACUUCGGAUCCUACACAUAUAAAGCUUUUAAAAUUAGACAUUUUGACCAAUUUAGCAACUGAAACUAGUAUUGGAGUUAUACUGAGAGAAUUCCAAACAUACAUUUCUAGUAGUGACAAAGAAUUUGUUGGAGCAAGUAUACAAGCAAUUGGGAGAUGUGCAAGUAACAUAAAAGAAGUAACUGACACAUGUUUGAAUGGAUUAGUUUCGUUAUUGAGUAAUCGAGAUGAGGCUGUUGUAGCAGAAAGUGUUGUUGUUAUAAAGAAACUCUUACAAACUCAACCAAAUGAACACAAAAAUAUAAUUGCUCAUAUGGCAAAAUUAAUGGACUUCAUAACUAUACCACAAGCCAGAGCAUCAAUUUUAUGGCUUUUAGGAGAAUAUUCAGAUAGGGUGCCUAAGAUAGCACCAGAUGUACUUAGAAAAAUGGCAAAAAAUUUUGUAAAUGAACAAGAUAUCGUGAAGCUACAAAUUUUAAAUUUAGCUGUAAAAUUGUGUUUAAAUAAUCCUAUUCAAACUAAACCAUUUUGUCAAUAUGUCUUCCAACUUGCAAAAUAUGAUCAAAACUACGAUAUUAGAGAUCGCGCACGCUUCUUAAGACGUUUUAUUUUUGAUGAGGACGGGCAUAAGAAAAAACUUCAACAACUUGCAAAACAAAUAUUUUUAGCUCUGAAACCUGCACCAACACUAACAUCUAGAUUUAAAAAUUCCGGAUAUCAAUUGGGUACAUUAUCGCAUUAUUUGGAUAUGCCAUGUGCUGGUUACCGCCCUUUACCACCUUUUCCUGAUGUGGCUCCUGAUCCAUCCGUAAGAGACGUUGCAAGUGGUACUGUGAGAGAUAUAAGAGAUGAAUAUUAUAGAAAAAAUAAGAAAGACAGAAAAGGAAUGGGGAAGGAAAAACUUUUUUCUAGUGAUGUCUUCCAGGAUGAUCUUCCAGCAGAAGAAUUGGAUAAUGAAAAUGAAUCUUCGGAUACUUCAACGAGUGAUUCUUCGGAUGAAGAAAGUGACUCAUCUGAGUAUACAUCAGAAUCUGGUAAAUCUGAAAAUGAUAGCGAGAAAAAAAAAUCUACGAAACUGUCUGAUGAGUCCAAUAGUGAGUCUGAAAGUGAAGAAUCAGAUUCCGAAGAAUCAUCUGAAGAUUCUCAGGAAAGUGAAGACGAACAGUACAAAGCGUCAAAUCAAGAAGUAAAGGAAAAACCAAAAAGUAACAUUGAUCUCCUUUUAGAGUUAGAUGACGUGAUUCCAAUGACACCUGUUAUGCCAUUGAGCACAGGAAGUCUUCUUACUCCUACCAGUUCAAAUGUUGCAAAUGACAUCAGAGAAGUAUCAGCGUCAUUUAUUCCUAUCAAAAAAUCAGAAUUAUUAAAUAAUAUUACGGGUCACGGUUUAAAGAUUGAAUAUCGAUUUACUAGAUCGCAGCAUUUAGUAAGUUCUUAUUUGGUUACUAUUGAAUUGACGUUUUCAAAUGAAGGCAGUGAACCUAUUAAAGAUAUACAAAUGGGAGUAAAGAAUUUACCGAAAGGUAUGCUUAUACAUGAUUUCACGGGGAUAUCGCUAUUGGAAAUAAAUUCCAAUUUAUCCUCUACAUUGGGUAUCAAUUUUAAUGAUUCUACACAACCAGCGAAUUUUAAUAUUGAUUUUACAAUUGGUGAAGAAACGCAUUCGUACCCUGUUACUAUUAAAGCACCUAUUGGAGAAAUAAUACGAGCCGUACUUUUACCGGAAGAUAUGUUUUUAACUGAAAAAAAUAAAUUAAAAGGUAUGAAUGAACAUAUCGCAUCCGUGCAAUAUUCGGGCAACAAAAAAAUUAUUUCUCAAAAUGUUUUUGAGACUGCGAAUGUUGCAAUGAUAUCUAGCAGUGAUGAAGAAAUCAGGUUUGCCGCCCAUACUUUAGCAUCAAAGUCCUUAAUAUUAGUGACAAUAAAAAUGAUAGAAAACGAUUCAUUAAUGAUUUGUGUAAACUGUGAAAAAAUGGUAAUAGGUUCAAUCUUGUUGAAUGAAUUAAAAAGUAAUUUAAAGAUAAACUAA